AUAAAUUGACUAACGGACCAUUUAAAUUCCUAAUAAAUACCACGUUAUUUCAAAUGAUUUUUUUUUCAAAUAGACAUUAUUACGAUUUGAAACGAUAAUAGCUUGUCUAUUGUAUCAAUUUGAUCGGCGAUUCUAAUCGAUAAUGUUGCUUAUAAACAGGUUCUAAAUAUUAUGUGCAGAAUAUACAUUGCGUAGUGAGAAAUAAAGAACGAUUUCCUUUCCCGUAUCAGUUAAUUUAUUAAAUGAAAAAUAAUCGAAAACUUUCGACGUGAUUUAUUAUAUAUUUUUCUGUUAUACUACUGUUUCUGCGAGAAUGCCUUUAGCCCAUGAUAAGUGAACAGAACGAUAGCGAAUUAUCUUAAAGCAAUGCACAUGCUCGAUUGCCGAUUUCAAUUUAUAUAAAUAUAUGUAAAUCGCAUAAAAUAUAUUCCAUUCUAUUAACUUUAAUGACGUUUAAUUUCGCUGCAGUUCACGAUACAAUAAACCACUUUGUACCGUUAAUUUGGGUAGUUCACUGACCGCCGGAAAGUGACACAUAAGUGAUACUUCAACGUGGUAGGCAAUGCAGUUUCGCGGAAGAUGGCAGUUCAAACGAAUGAUAUUGACACUGUCAUUCGGAUGAUUGUUCUAAUGACAGAAACGUUCUAGUUAAAUCGGUAGAUUUAGUUUAUUUUGUUGACAUGACAUGUAGUUGCACAACAAAUGGAAAUUACCUGACCUUGGUAAAUUCGAGGUUGUUCAAAUAGCUUCAUCAAACAUUUUGACGCCUCUUUUUAUCAUAUUCGAGUUUUGAUCAGAUUCAAUCGAAAUGCAACGAUACGAUAUUCUUAUUCAAGAAAUCGAGGGCAUAGACGAUUAUUUGGGUCCAACAUUUCGAGCUAUAUACGAUGGCCACGAACAUCAAAAAUUUAUGGAAAAGCUUGACGAACGUAUCAAGGCUCAUGACAAAGACAUUGAAAGAAUGUGUAACCAUCAUUAUCAAGGUUUCAUUGAUUCGAUAAGGGAACUUCUUCAAGUUCGUUCGCAAGCACAACAACUUAAUGCUGAAAUAUUGGAACUUGAUAAGCGUAUUACGGCUACCUCUACCAAAGUGAUAGAAAAAGGAGAAGAGCUUGUUAGAGCCCGAAAAGUAGAAAGUAAUAUGGCUGCAGCAGUAGACAGUCUUACCAUGUGUCUUCCUGUUUUAGCUGCAUACGCAAAGUUACAGAAACAAUUGAAAGAUAAACGUUAUUACCCAGCAUUAAAGACAUUGGAACAAUUAGAACAUCAUGAUUUACCAAAAGUAACAAAUUAUAGAUUUUCUUCACAAAUUACUCAACAGAUACCACAACUACGUGAAAAUAUAAAGGAUGCUUCCAUGUCUGAUUUAAGAGACUUUUUAGAAAAUAUUAGGAAAUAUUCACCAAAAAUUGGUGAUGUUGCUAUGAGACAUACUCAAGAACAGUUAACUAUUGAAGCUGAAAUCAUUGGCCGUAAAAAGAAGAGAUCACAGACUAGAACUUCUUCGCCAAAUGAUGGUGAAGAGGAGUUGAGUGCUCAAGAUUUAAUGGAUUUUAGUCCAGUAUAUCGUUGUAUGCAUAUUUAUACAGUACUUCGCGAGGGGGAAACGUUUAAAGCAUACUACAGACAACAAAGAAAACAGCAGGCUAGAUUAGUUCUGCAAUCUCCCAUUAAUAUGCAUGAGAGUAUAGCUAGUUAUCAGACUUACCUACAAGGGAUUGUGGGGUUCUUUGUGGUGGAAGACCAUAUUUUGAAUACAGGUAAUGGUUUAGCAACAAGAGCUUACAUAGACGAACUAUGGUCCAUGGCAUUAUCACAGAUAGUAAAUGCACUGCGUACUCAUUCUGCAUAUUGUACAGAUGCAAGACUUAUUUUAAGAAUAAAAAAUCUAAUAAUGUUAUUUAAUACAACUUUAAGAAAUUAUGGGUAUUCUGUAGGACAGCUUUGGGAUUUAUUACAAGAAAUUCGAGUCCAUUAUAAUGAAGUUCUAAUGCAACAUUGGGUUCAAGUAUUUAGAGACAUUCUGGAUGAAGAUAGUUUUCUGCCAAUUCAGGUCACAACACAAGAUGAAUAUGAUAAUAUUUUGGAUUUAUUUCCCUAUCACGACGAAGAGUUAGAGAAAACAGAAUUUCCGAAGAAAUUUCCAUUCUCUGAUAUGGUACCAAAAGUAUAUCAGCAAGUUAAGGAGUUCAUAUACGCUUGCUUAAAAUUUUCAGAGGAUUUGAAUUUCACACAAACCGAAAUAGAUGAAAUGAUCUGCAAAUCAACGAACUUGCUGUUGACAAGAACAUUUAGUGGUUGUCUGUCCUCCUUAUUUCGAAAGCCGUCGCUUGCUCUUUUACAAGUAGUUCAGAUUAUUAUAAACACAGGGUACCUUGAGAAGUCUACAAAGUAUUUGGAAGAAUUCGUGACCAAUAUCACCGGUACACCACAUGAGGGUCAGUUAAGUUGUAUGGGCGUCGAAUCAGCUAUGUUUAGAGUAGCAAGAGACGAUGCUGAGAAACAAAUUUGCGAUAAAUUAACAAACAAAUUAGACGAGUUCUUGGAAUUAGAAAAUUACGAUUGGAAUUUGGCAGAACCUCAAGGACACGCAUCCGGUUUUAUUACUGAUCUCAUAGCAUUCUUGCAAAGUACUUUUACCUGUUUCACUAAUUUACCUGAAGAAGUUGCUCAAGUUGCUUGCAAAGCUGCUUGUUCCCAUAUAGCAAAAGCUGUACUAGGUAUACUAAUUAGUGAAGACGUGAAACAAAUAUCAAUGGGUGCUCUUCAACAAGUCAAUUUAGAUACAAUACAGUGUGAACAAUUUGCCGCCUCAGAACCUGUAGUCGGUUUACCUGAAGGAACUUUGCUUCAAAAUUUCGCACAACUAAGACAACUGCUAGAUUUAUUUAUGAGUUGGGACUGGCCUACAUAUUUUCACGACUACGGCCACGAAUCAAGCAAAUAUAAUUUAGUAACUCCAAAUAUGGCUGUAUUGUUGUUAGAGAAAUUAAAAGAGUCUGAUAAAAAAACAGUAUUUGCCGUACUGAAAAAGAGCGAGAGGGAUAAGAAGAAACUUCUGGAAACCGUAUUAAAACAGCUACGCCAAUUGGCGCAAACUACUCAACAGUAAACUAAACUGAAGUUAAUAUAUAUGUAUAUAUAUUAACAUAUAUAUAUAUAUACCUCAAAAGAGAUUGUAAAUAUAUAAUUUUUAAUAUAUACGCCUCCAAACAUAAUUCUUAGAAACUUAUUGUUAUUACAAUAAAAUGGCUAUAAAAAAUGUUCAUUGAUCAGUCCAUGUUUUCAGUUUCAUGAUAUUGUCACGGUUGUUAAAAUAGCAAUUCCAUGUGACGUCAUGACACAGAGAUUCAUACUUCAUUGUGUUCGUGUUCAUUUAGCAUUUAGUUUUCGAUGUUCAAUUGCAAUUAUCUAUACAUUUCUAUUUAAGAGUCGUACGUGAUCGAAUUCUAGGCAAUUGAAUAUAAUACAUUGCUCAAGUUCCCAUACACUUAUUAUUUUAAUCGUUUCCUUCUAAAUUGGCAUUGUUAUAUUACAUGUAAAUGAGUUACAUAUUGUAAAAUAACUGUACAGUGGGUAAAGUAUGACGUAUAAAGUCCCAAUUCCUAAGUCUUACAGAUGCAAUUACCGUUAGAAUUAAAUAUUUAGAAGAAAAAAAAAAGAG